UUCUGAUGUGAGUGGGUGUGCUGCUUCUAGGAGAGGGCAUAUUGCUGCUCUCUUUUGGUUUCUCUGCAUUCAACUACAAUUUUAUAACUGUAUGGCGCUGGAGUGCUACUGCGAGAACAACUGUCCCGACAUAGACCAAUUCAAUGGCACAUGUAUGGUGUCAAGCGACUCUUAUUGCUUCAGCGCUGUUGAGCUUCUAUAUUUCCCGGACCAGAAGACGUACCACGAGUUCCGCACCUUCGGAUGUCUUAGUCCUGACGAAUCUGGCCUCAUGCAGUGUCGAGGAUACCUCGUGAAGCACAGUCGCCCGAAGAACAUUUCCUGCUGUCGCGAGUACGACGGUUGCAACGCUGAACUCAGACCCAUUCUCAACGACCGCGACACUGCUGACUAUGAGAGACGAGGAGCCAGCGUGUGGGACAACCCACUCUCGUCCAAUCGUAGUCCCCGAGACAGCAUCGAGGGUCUCUCGUCGACGAUGCUAUUCGUCACCCUCACCCUCGCCUUCGUCGCAACGCUUGCAGUCGUCAUGACGCUCUGGUUCAGAUAUCGUCGCAUCUGCAUGCCACCGCCAGGCUACAAGCAGGCGUGCUCGGUGCAGCCUGUCUGCAACAACGAGACGCUGGCUGACCUCAUCGAACAGUCAUCGGGAUCCGGCAGCGGCCUGCCUUUGCUAGUUCAGCGAACAAUAGCUAAACAGAUUCAGUUGGUGCAGAACAUUGGUAAAGGCCGCUAUGGGGAGGUGUGGCUGGGGCACUGGCGGGGAGAAAAGGUUGCCGUAAAAAUCUUCUUCACGACAGACGAAGCUUCGUGGUUCCGUGAAACAGAAAUAUACCAAACUGUUCUCCUGCGUCACGAUAAUAUACUUGGUUUUGUGGCUGCGGACAUAAAAGGAACUGGGUCCUGGACUCAGAUGUUGCUCAUCACCGACUACCACGAGCACGGCUCCCUCUUCCAAUUUCUCUCUUUCAACACCAUCACUCAGGCUGCAUUAGUCCGCAUGGCGCACUCGGUGGCGGCUGGACUUUCUCAUUUACAUGCGGAAAUUUUCGGCACGAGAGGCAAGCCUGCCAUCGCGCACAGGGACAUCAAGAGCAAGAAUAUCCUCGUGAAGAGGAACGGCGAGUGCUGCAUUGCUGACUUUGGUCUUGCUGUUAAAUAUAACAGCUCGAACAGAAGCGUUGACCUCGGCAGCUCCGCUCAUCCGCGGGUUGGCACGCGGCGGUACAUGGCGCCUGAGCUGCUCUCAGGCCACGCUGACAUCACCUGCUUCGACACCCUCAAAAUGGCUGACAUUUAUUCCUUCAGUUUAGUUCUGUGGGAGCUCGCCUCCAGGUGUGAUUUCGAGGACGGGAUCUUGAGGGGCGACCUGAAGCCGACGGUGUGGCGGUCGUGCGAACAUCAACUGCCGUAUGCGGAGUACGUGCCUGCAGACCCCAGCGUGGCUGCUGUACACGAGGUGGUCUGCAUCAAGGGCAUCAGACCACACGUGCCUCCAUCCUGGUCUUCGUAUCCGGUUAUGCGCACGGUGAGCAAGAUCAUGCAGGAGUGCUGGCACGCGCAGCCGACCGUGCGCCUCACCGCCCUCAGAGUAAAGAAAACGCUCGCCAAAAUACAUUGCCCUGACACCGCCAUCAGAAUACUCUGAAAUUUCUGCCAGUUUUCUUCGUGAAAUGUUAAUUCCGAACGAAUUUUCUUAAAGAAAUAUCAAUUCUAAUCGAGAUUUGUUGAUGAUUAAAGUCAAAUAUUUUGAUAUGAUCAUCAUCGAAAAUAUUUUAUGUCCAUGAAAGU